AUGUCCGCCGUUCCUGGUCCUGUUUACGGCCUCGAGGUCCCGCCUGGCGAGAUCUUGAUUCCGGCCUCCAUGGAAUUCCCUGCUUCUUUCCGCAUUACCAUGGCUGCCUUGGACCCUAGCCAGGAGCCUGAGGCUGAUGAAGAUGGCAAUGUGCCUGCUGUUCCUCGUGCAACUUUGCGACUUGUGAAGCGCGCCUUCCCUGGCCUUGACGACGAGGACGAGGACGACGAAAUUGAUGACGAGUACAUGAAGGCUCUACUCGCUGCUUCUGACGACGAUGAGGAUGAAGACGAUGAAGAGGCUAAUGGUGGCCCUAGCGAUCCCGCCAAGGCCAAGAAGCAGAAACAAGCUGCUGCCAUCAAGAAGCUCCUUGAAGCCACCCAGGAGGAUGACGAUGACGAGGAUGACGAAAUGAAAGAUGCGAAGCCCAACGGUGUGAAGGGGAAAGCCAAGGGAAAAGCCAAGGGCAAGGGCAAGGCCACCAAGGAGAACAGAGAGGCUGAAGAAGAUGACGACGAGGACGAAGACGAGGACGAGGACGAGGAUGAUGACGAUGACAGCGAUGAUGGUGCCGACCUCGAGAACUUUGUAGUUUGCACGCUUGAUACUGAGCGGAACUACCAGCAGCCCCUUGAUAUUACUGUCAACCACGGCGAGAAGGUCUUUUUCGUCGUUACUGGUACUCACACUGUGUAUCUGACUGGCAACUACAUCAUGGAUGAUGACGAGGGCGACUAUGACAAUGAGGACGAUGAGGAGGACUACGACUUCGACCCUGACGAGCUCGAUUAUGCCAGCGACGACGAGAGCGACGAGCUCGAUGAUGUCAAGGAUCCCCGCGUCACUGAGGUCGAUUCUGACGAUGAAGAAGCCCCCAAGUUGGUCGAGACCAAGAAGGGCAGGAAUAAGCGCGCUGCCGAGGAGGCUGAUGGUCUCGAUGAGAUGAUUGCCAAGGCCGCCGACUCCAAAAAGCAACAGAAGAAGCUCAAGAACAACAAGGGGGAGGCUGUAGCUGCCGAUGAGAGCAAGAAGGACAAGAAGGUCCAGUUCGCCAAGAACCUUGAACAAGGACCUACUGGCUCUAGCAAGCAGGCUGGCAAGCCCACUACGGGCGUCAAGGUUGUUCAGGGAGUCACCGUCGACGACCGGACCAUCGGAAAAGGCCGUACUGUCAAGAGCGGUGAUACCGUUGGGGUCCGAUAUAUCGGCAAGCUUGCGAACGGCCAGCAGUUUGACGCUAAUAAGAAGGGUAAGCCCUUUUCCUUCAAGGUUGGCAAGGGUCAGGUUAUCAAGGGAUGGGAUAUCGGUAUUGUCGGUAUGGCCAUAGGUGGUGAGCGUCGCUUGACCAUCCCGGCGAAUCUUGGAUAUGGCUCUCGUGGCGUGCCCGGCAUCCCUGCCAACAGCCAAUUGACUUUUGAUGUCAAGCUUCUCGAGAUCAAAUAG